UCGGAUUGAAAAGACAGUUCGAUGUUUCUUUGUUCAAUUUUAAAAAAUAAUCUAUAAUAAUAUAAAUUAUAAAAAAACAUGAGAUCAUUUUUCUUUAUUGUGAUAUUUUGUGCUGUAACAAUAGAUGCUUGGAGUGACGGCAAGCAGAGGAGGUUCAAAAAUGACUUCAAGUUUGGCGUCUCAACAGCAGCUUAUCAAGUAGAAGGGGCAUGGGAUAUCGAUGGCAAAGGUGAAAGUAUAUGGGACAGAUAUUUACAUAAUCAUCCGGAAUUGGUAACGGAUGGUAGGAAUGGUGACGUAGCUAGCGAUUCCUACCACAAUUACAAACGGGAUGUUGAAUUACUGAGGGAGCUUGGAGUUGAUUUUUACAGAUUCUCUAUAUCAUGGCCGAGGGUGCUGCCAUCUGGUUUCCCUCACGACCAAAACGAGCAUGGUUUCCAAUACUACGAUAACCUGAUAGACGAACUAUUACAUUAUAAUAUAACACCAAUGAUCACUUUGUACCAUUUCGAUUUGCCGCAAAAGUUACAAGAUCUAGGCGGCUGGGUUAACCCUUUAUCUAUCGAUUGGUUUGUAGAUUAUGCGAGGGUAGUUUUCAAUAAAUACGCACAUAAAGUACCUUAUUGGAUAACUAUAAACCAACCAAAUGCUAUCUGUGUUUUCGGAUACGGUGACACUAUUUUAGCGCCAGCAAUUAAUGCAAAAGGUGUUAGUGAAUAUGAGUGUACAAAGAACAUAUUACUGGCACAUGCUAAAGUUUAUAGGUUAUAUGAGAAAGAAUUUAAAAAGAAAUUUAAAGGAUCUGUUGGGAUAUCGAUGUCAAUAAAUUGGUCAGACCCACUAAAUAAUAAAACUGAAAACGUCCAAGCUGUAGAAAAGUAUCGAGAAUUUGAUAUAGGCUUAUAUUUGGAUCCUAUUUGGUCAAAGAAUGGCGAUUUUCCAUCGAUUGUUAAAAAAACCAUAGAGAAAAAGAGCAAACAACAAGGCUUUUAUAGAUCCAGAUUGCCAACACUAAGCCAUGAAGAAAUAAAGUUACUGAAAGGUUCAGCGGAUUUCCUUGGAAUUAACCAUUAUACGACAUUCCUAAUCAAACCUAGUACUAAAAAUAUUCAUUCGCCUUCGUACGCGGAUGACAUGGGUGUAGAAAUUGUGUUUGGUGAUCAAUGGGAGCAAUCCGCGUCUUAUUGGCUAAGAAGUGCUCCAUAUGGUUUAUACAAGAUGUGUAUAUUCCUCAACUUGCGUUACGAUUAUCCAACAAUGUUCAUAACAGAGAAUGGUUGGUCGACAAAGACUGGCUUAUGGGAUAAAAGUAGAGCGGAGACAAUGAGAAGAUAUCUGAACGCUUUGUUACUGGCUAUAGAAGACGGUACAGAAGUUAAAGGAUACACUGUUUGGAGUUUAAUCGACAAUAUUGAAUGGAACGCUGGUUCUAGUGAACGCUUCGGUCUUUACGAGGUUGAUUUUGAAUCUGAAGAAAAAACAAGAACAGCUCGUCUCUCAGCGCACGUCUACAAAAGAAUAAUCCAGAAGAGAAUAAUAGAAGAAAAUUGGGAACCGAAAAAUUUGAAAAUUAGUAAACCGAAAAGAGUUGAUUUGUAAUUUACAUGUUAGUUUACGAAGUUAUCUCUAAAUAAAUGUGUUUUAUUAAGAUUUAAGAAAAACCAUUGGAAAAAAUUUGCAAUGAAUGGCGAAUUAAAGCGGACGCCAGCUUUAACUAAACUAUCACACAAUAAUUUUAAUUAGCGCCAUCUGUUUGUGGCAUGCUAUCUUAAUUCAACACGAAAAAUUGUUGGUUUUGCUGUCACAUACUAGAUGUCACUAUUACAAGUUUUUAGAUAGUAAUUUAUUAUUACAUUGUAGUAAUACAGAUGGCACCACAUGUGCACAGUUUUCAAUAAAGCAUUAUUUUGACCGU